AUGCACUCCACCAUGAGGACUCUCCUCCAAACUGCGACGCUUAUUGUUACGGUUCUCGCCUCGGCGGCGGCCAGUCUGGUCAUGAUGCACUUUUCUUGCUAUGCUACUAUGUGCUCUGAAGAAUUCUUCUCUUAUGAGACACGUCUGCAUGUUAUCGUAUAUUACGGCUUCCUGUCUCUCACUCUCUGCCUUCUUUUCCUCCGCGCAUGCAGCUCGACCGUCCGCUCAUUCGCUAGCUUCCAGCCGCUAGCUAGUGUUCCCUUCUUGGGCGAGCGACUUACUCUCGGCGGAUUAUUCAUGAGUAUCUGGAUAUUGGUCCUUGCCUGCGGUCCGGUCAUCUACUGGCUUCCAACCCAAUGGGAAUUUUGGGGAGAUCGUGCUGACCCCUUGAACUGGAUGUCGGCCAAGAUUCAGUUGACCAUUACUGGUGUGACUGGACACUCUACCGACAUCCUUCUUGGCCUCUUGACUAUACCAGUUGCUCGCAACAGCCUUGUUGGUCAGGCCUUCUCGGUACAUCACAGCACUUUACUCCUCGCUCAUAAACUCAUUUCCUACCUUUUCUCGAUCGCUGUUGCCGCUCACGGUAUCACGUAUAUUGUCUAUGCCGCAGAUGGCAGCAGUGAGGGAGACGAGGCUAAGGAAGAGGCGUUUGCCACCGGAAAUCCAGCAAUGACGUUAUCCGAGAGCAAGCAGCGAAGCUCGUGGUUUACCCAAACAACCUACACCGGUAUCGCCGCUUUCUUGCCAAUUCUAGCGAUACUUGUCACGUCGAUUCCAUAUAUGCGCAAGAAGCACUAUAACCUCUUUUAUUACACCCACGUAAUUUGCGGCACUGUCAUCUUCAUCGCGUCUUGUAUCCACGCAAGCACCAAUUUCUAUCUCCUACUGCCUGGCUUGCUAUUAUGGAUCGGAGACUGGAUUCGACGAGUAUUCUUUGGAGAAACAAAUGGUUUGAGUACAAAGACGCUUGCCACUAUUGAAAACCCAGGCGGUAAUUGGAUUAGAAUCUCACUCCCCACCACGUGUUCUGCAGAAAACAUAUCGGAGAAGCCGUUGACGACGUGCGAGCCUGCACUAUAUUACUAUCUCAAUGUUCCAUCCAUCAGCAAGGUACAGAACCAUGCCCUCACGGCUGCUGUUCCAAGCUCUUCAAGUCACGGACCAACCUUUAUGCUCCAGCGAACGACCGGCAAGUCCCAGAAGAGACUUGAGAAAGAAUGGACGUGGAAGCUGGGUGCCUUGGUACCCAACAUGCAAGAUAGCCGCUCGCUGGAAAUCCGACUCGAGGGACCUUAUCGCAUCAACGACAUGGGAUAUGCUAGUGCAUCUCACAUAGUGUGCAUUGUCGGCGGGACAGGCGUUACGGGAGCCCUUAGUCUGGCGCGCUGGUGGCUGGAUGUCUGUUCUGUCAACAACAGUCGGUUCACAUUGAUCUGGACUUUGCGGACCGCCGAGUCGAUGGAAGUUAUGGAGUGGACAGAGCUCAGGAACAUGGCUAAAACCAACGGCUGCCUCGACGUAAGAUCACACAUAAGCUCUGAAAACGGCCGUCUUGAUCCAGCUGUGAUUCUUCAAGAAGCCCUCGGAGUAGGUAACGGCUUGGUAGCUGAGACUCCAGGACCCGGAUGGGUUUACAGCUCUGGACCGGAUGCUCUGAUGAAAGCUACCAAACGAGCAUGUGUCGAAACGCGGAGAAAAAUCGUCAAAAGCAAAAGGGGCGGCUGUCAAGGAACCUGGGUGGUAGAAGAUCUGUCCUGGUAUAUGAGUCAGUAUUAA